CUGGUGCCACAUAUAUAUUUGGGAAGAGUGGAGGUCUCAUCCUGUACACCUGGCCAGCUAAUGACAGACCGAGCACGAGGACAGACCGUCUUGCUGUGGGCUUCAGCACAACGGUGAAGGAUGGCAUUCUGGUUCGAAUCGACAGUGCCCCUGGGCUGGGGGAUUUUCUGCAGCUGCACAUAGAGCAAGGCAAGAUUGGUGUAGUCUUCAAUAUUGGCACAGUGGACAUCUCUAUUAAAGAGGAAAGCACACCUGUAAAUGAUGGCAAAUACCAUGUAGUACGCUUUACCAGGAAUGGUGGGAACGCCACACUUCAGGUUGACAGCUGGCCAGUGAAUGAACACUACCCCACAGGCAACACUGAUAGUGAACGGUUCCAAAUGGUAAAACAGAAAAUCCCCUUCAAAUAUAACCGGCCUGUAGAGGAGUGGCUGCAGGAAAAAGGACGACAGUUAACGAUCUUCAACACCCAGGCGCAAAUAGCCAUAGGAGGGAAGGACAGAGGGCGUCUCUUCCAAGGCCAACUCUCCGGGCUCUAUUACAAUGGCUUGAAAGUGCUGAACAUGGCGGCAGAGAACAACCCCAACAUUAAAAUCAAUGGAAGUGUCCGACUUGUUGGGGAGGUCCCUUCCAUCUUGGGAACAACACCCACAACCUCUGUGCCACCAGAAAUGUCUACUACCGUCAUGGAAACCACAACUACGAUGGCGACCACUACAACCCGAAAAAAUCGUUCGCCGCCCAGCAUCCAGACAACAGAUGACAUCGUUUCAUCGGCUGAAUGUUCCAGUGACGAUGAAGAUUUCAUUGACUGUGAGCCUAGUACAGGUAAGUCAG